UUUCCCAGGUAAAUAAAUAUUAUGAUGGGACGUAAAAAAAGUGAGAAACUACAAUAUGAAUAAUCAAAUCCAACUUGUAGCUUCUGACGUGUGAGUUGUGACUGAACAUAAACUCUUCCUCUCUCUCUCUCCUCUCUUUCAGGCACACGAUCCAUCCACACACACACAAAGACUUAUAAUAAAAUCAAGAACCCUAAUAUCUAAAGAACGUCAGGAUCAAACAUGGAGGGAGAAACCGCAGCCAAAGCAGCGGCUAGUUCCUCCUCAUCCCCAAGCCGGUACGAGUCACAAAAGAGGCGAGACUGGAACACUUUCCUUCAGUAUCUAAGGAACCACAAGCCACCUCUGAAUCUGUCUCGUUGUAGUGGCGCACACGUCCUUGAGUUCCUUAAGUACCUCGACCAGUUUGGUAAGACCAAAGUCCAUGCCACGGCUUGUCCCUUCUUCGGACAACCUAACCCACCGUCUCAGUGCACUUGCCCUCUCAAGCAAGCUUGGGGAAGCCUCGACGCUCUCAUUGGCCGUCUUAGGGCUGCUUUCGAGGAAAUCGGCGGUGGUCUUCCUGAGUCAAACCCUUUCGCUGCCAAAGCUGUUAGGAUCUAUCUUAAGGAGGUCCGUCAAACUCAGGCUAAGGCUCGAGGGAUUCCUUACGACAAGAAGAAACGGAAACGACCUCAUACAGCCACAGCAACUCCAAUCGCCGGUGAUGGAGACGACGCCGGAGGAAGUGGUGCUGCUUUGGUCGUAACCACUGCAACUACGGUAUAAUCGAGAAUAUCGAGAUACGCGACGCUAAGAUCUUAAAAGAAUUACGGUAUAGUAAUUCUUGAGUUCUUUACUUUCUAAAAUUCGUAUUUAUAGAUUAUAUAUUUCGUGUAAUUAAUUAUUCGAGAUGUAAAUUGCAAUUUAUAUAGAUGGAAAAGACGAUCACCGAUUAUUAGUAAGAUGAGAUCUUAAUAUAUUUAAAAUCUUCCAUUCA